AUGUCGGACGCGGCGAGAGAAACGUUGGACGUCGCCCACGACCUCUCAAAACUCCUCGACUGCGACGUGACGCGAGAGGAGCUCGCCGUGCUCAUCGCGCUCGUCGAACGCGGAGUCAACCCAGAGGCGCUCGCCGCGGUCGUGCGAGAGUUGCGACGAGAGGCGCGCGAGAUGGGAAACGCGUGA